AUGGAUCGUGGAAAUAACUCCAGAGUGACUGAAUUUGUGUUGCAUAGUCUUUCAGGUUCGCGAGAACUUCAACUUUUCUAUUUUGCAUUUUUCACCUUUUUUUACUUAUCCAUUGUGCUGGGAAACCUCCUCAUUGCACUCACAGUCCUCUCUGCCCCUGCACUACACACCCCCAUGUACUUCUUACUCAGCAACCUCUCCGUCACUGAUGUGUGUCUGUCCACCUUUGCCACUCCCAAGAUGAUUGUGGACUUUCUUCUGGAGCACAAGACCAUCUCGUUCGAGGGCUGCAUGGCUCAGAUAUUCUUUCUGCAUGUCUUUGCUGGUGGUGAAAUGAUGCUCCUCGUGGCCAUGGCAUAUGACAGGUAUGUAGCCAUAUGUCGACCCCUGCACUAUGCAGCUAUCAUGAGUGUACGAAAGUGUACAGGCCUUGUGUUGGGAUGCUGGCUCAUUGGGGUCCUGCACUCGUUAAGCCAGUUGGCCUUCACAGUAAACCUUCCAUUCUGUGGUCCAAAUAAAGUGGACAGUUUCUUCUGUGACCUUCCCCUGGUUAUUAAACUUGCUUGCACUGAUACUUAUGUGUUGGAGAUAUUGAUGCUUUCAGACAGUGGGCUGAUGGCUCUGAGUUCCUUUGUGCUCCUGCUCAUCUCCUACACAGUCAUCCUGGUCACUGUCCGCAGUCGAGCCUCAGCAGGCAUGGCCAAGGCCAGGGCCACUCUAACUGCCCAUGUCACUGUCGUGACCCUCUUCUUUGGGCCCUGCAUCUUCAUCUACGCUUGGCCUUUCAGCAACUUCCCAGUGGACAAGGUUCUGUCAAUAUUCUAUACUGUUUUCACUCCUCUCUUAAAUCCCUUGAUCUACACAUUAAGAAAUAAAGAAGUAAUAUCAGCCAUGAAGGAACUGUGGAGGCGACAAAUAAGUUCCUAG